GGCAGAGGGAUGCACGCGCAGUCUGUAAGCAGCUUAUGAGUGAGCGUUGUGACGCACCCCCCCUUCUUCUCAUAUUCUUUAAAUUUCUUUAUUUGUAAUAUUCCCAUGUUUCGUGUGUGAUGGCCAAUGUAUCAUCUUCUGAUUUGGGAGUUGUGUUUUUUAUCGUGGUGACAGCAUCUUUGGCGAACGGUUUUUCUUCAAGCAUAGAUGUGAGCCAGAGGAAGGACGUGGAAGCUGUUAAUUUGAGCAUACUGCUGCCAGGCAGUGUGGACCAGCUCGCCGGGGAAGCAGAGCCCUGCUCUGCUUGUUACCCGCCGGGGGCCAGGAGGCGUUCAAAGAGAUGCACGUGUUACACUUACAAGGACAAGGAGUGUGUGUAUUACUGCCACCUGGACAUCAUCUGGAUCAACACUCCAGAGCACACUAUACCGUAUGGUAUGUCCAGUUACCAGGGUCCCCUGCGCAGGAGGCGCUCGGCUGGAACUGAGCAGGGGAGGAGGGGGGCGGCUGCCCAUCGCUGUGUGUGUGCACAGCACGAUGACUCCGACUGCAGCGGCUUCUGCAUGGACAGCAGACAGAGGAGGCCACCACCCUGAGCAACUCGUAAAACAGACAAGAGGACAGCUUCUCUGCACAGUGGGCCUGUUAUGAAAUAAUAACAUAUAAGUGACUUGCUAAUGACCUGAAAAGUGGACAUGUGUUAUUUGGUGCCUUGUGAUCAGAAUGCUGGGUGAAUAACAUGCAGAGCUGCUGAAAGCGAGGGGCACCAUCACUCUCUGCCUGGGUCUGGACAAUUUUUCAUUAUCCUGUUACAACUGAGGAUGGUGUACAUGAUGGCCUGCUUGUUUCGACAAUGACUCUAGUAGAGCGCAAACAUGCCCAAGCCGCGUGAUGUGGAGGCCACUUCAAGAGCUUCUGCCAGCCAACUCCACCAUGUCCAUUCCGGUAAAUACCCAAGAACGGUAUCACUCUACAGGGACAUCAUUCUGUCAGUAACUCAGCAGUAUUUUCUUUAAAAAAAAAUUCAAGAGUUCCAGAUUUUUUAAUUAGUUUUUUCCCUUAUAAAUGCAGUUAGUUUCAGCAGUAACUGUUAUUAUUGUUUGUAUUAUUUUACUUUUCUGUGAGAUUUGGAGGUUAAUUAACUUUUGUUUAGCUGUAUCCAAGUCUUGUGAAUAUACAAUGUGUUUCAAUAUAUGUAGGCUAUAAAUCAUAUUUCUGCACAAUACCUAUAUGUACAAUAAAGGUGUAAAGUAAGAUUUUGCAUAUAGAAUUACACAUGUCUUCAGGCCAAUCAACAGUCCUGUUUGGUAAAUAACCCAAUUGAGUAACAAUUGCCGUGGGCCAUACAGUAAAUUAAUUAUAAGCAUUAUUUAUCCUGUGCUUAGUCUUGUUAUGGUUUAGCCCUGAGGCAAUUCCCCAAUGAACUGACCAUCUAAACAGGAAAGAUGUGAAGAAAUAGCUGUUUGUAAGUUGAGCAUCUCAGCCUACUGACUCUGUUUCAGUUUGACAAAAGGAAGACAUUGAUUCCUUACUUAAUGUUAAAAAUAUUCUGAUGCACAUCUGGCUUCUUAUUUUUUUCAUGAAAGUGAUACAAUUUUAAUUUUCCAUGAAAGAAUGGUAGAGAAUGUCAGGCGAGACUCUGAUCAAUCAUGUUUGGCUCCUUUUCCAUCCAUUCUGAGUUCAUAUCAGGAGACACUAGACUAGCUGUAGUUGAGAUUUGCCCUGACUGACGCACACCAUGCUAUUGCAUUGCACAGUGCUGUCAGGUACACCUUCUACAUAUUGUUAACUUUUGUCAUUUUAAUAUGUAGAAAUGCUGAAUUACCCCAAUGAUCUAUUCAUAUUAUCUACGUAUUGAAUGAUGUCUCCACACAAUGAUCAAAUUAUUAUCUAUUGAAGCUAUACUAUAUGCAUGCUUUGUUUAUGUUGGUGCCUCCCUGCCAAGUUAACGUUGCCACAGUAAUAUACAGAGGCCACAUAUGCAGAGGGAUUGA